CUACCGUAACAUGGCUCAACGGCGAUGUGGUAAUGCAAACAGGUGGCGGUGUAUCGAUGGGACGCCAUGUGACUGUGAAUCGCUUGGAGAUACACAAAAUAACGCGUGCAGCGCUGAACAACACGUACAAAUGUCAGGCGUCCAACACGAUCCUAGUGCCACCGGCAGAACGGAGUGUCCGGGUGGAGAUGCUGCUAAAACCAGAAUCAACUUCUCUGUCGUCCAAACCUAAACAAUUAAUAUCAGACCAAGAGUACAGCUUAUCUUGUGAUGUGAAAGGAUCAGUGCCGGAUACCGAGAUUAGAUGGAUGCAAAACAACCGUCUCUAUACCAAGGGAAAAAUUGAGACACUGACCAACAGUUCAAUAGUGACGUCGGUGCUUAUCUUUCAACCCAAGCCGGAUGACGAUGGAACUAUCCUUAAGUGUGAGGGUUCUAAUCCUAGACUGCAAAGCUACGUGCUUGAGGACUCGGUCAUCAUGAAUGUUAUGUAUCCACCGCAAGUGACACUGACACUCGGAUCGACGCUUAAUCCGGACGAUAUCAAGGAGGGCGAUGACGUCUACUUUGAGUGUCACAUUAAGGCAAAUCCGAGGGAGCACCGCAUUACAUGGUCUCACGAUGGUUUACCAGUGACACAGAAUGUGACAUCGGGGGUGAUUAUUUCGACGCGUUCCCUAGUGCUGCAACGAGUUGGACGCUACCAUUCCGGCAUGUAUGCUUGCUCCGCUGCUAACGACCGUGGCGAGACCCAGAGUGAGCCAGUAGAGCUGAAGAUACACUUUGCACCGGUUUGCGCCUCCAGCAGUAUCAUGAUCGUUGGUGCAUCACUGGACGAAACGGUUCCGGUUCCAUGCCAUGUUGUAUCCAAUCCACGGGACGUUUCAUUCGACUGGAACUUCUCCAAUAGUGGCGAACGCUUCGAGGUAACCAGUGGUCAAUUUAAUCUGCUGCAGGAUUUUCACUCGUCAACUUCGGACAGCGACGAGCUCGGUGAGAUGCCAUCGGUCUUCAGCGGGUCAGAAGAGAACCUAGAAACCAUUUACGAGCUUCUCUACACCCCCAAAAGCGAGAGAGACUAUGGCACUCUAGCUUGCUGGGGGAAAAACUCGAUUGGCAAGCAACUCGAACCGUGUCUGUUUCAGGUCGUUCCCGCAGCAAAACCGGCACCGUUGCGCAACUGCACCCUACGGCCAUACUCGACGCUGCUGGCGCCUCACGGUACUACGUCUAAUUCAUCUGCAGCGUCAGCAUCUUCGUCUUCGUCUUCGACGUCGUUUUACUACGGCUUGCCUGGAAGCAGUAGCAACAUGGAAACGGCCGCCGCAACCUCGUUGGCGUCGUCAUCAAAUGGUGCCACCACCAUAGGUCAGCAUUAUCGAGAAUCUAAUUAUAUCAGCACACAAUUCGUUAAAGAUCGAAACGUGUCAAACGAGCGAACUAAUAUUACAAAAUUUAAUCAGAAAAGUACGUCUCAUGGUACUGGUGUUAGUGGUGGUGGUGGCACUGUAUCGAGAAGACGUGAACAGAUCAAACAGAAAAAUGCCACCCACGGAUACGACAGGAUGAGCACUAUGGGACUGAGUGGUAGUCAUGGAAGAAUUAGUGCAGCUAGUCACAGAGUUGGAUUGACCUCCGAUGAAGCAGACGAGGACGACGAAGGAGACGAAAGAGGGGAGCUACGGGAAGUGGCCCAAAUAUCAUCAGCACUCGCAACAUCCGCAUCGGGUGAAGUAGCAGGAUCAGCAACAUCCGGUUCGUCUAGUUUUUCGCCAUCAACGGGAUCGUUCUCGUCAUCAGAUUCGUCCUCGUUGGCAUCGACCGACGACGAAGAGAAUAGGAGAAAAACAAUUUCGAAUAAUGAAAGAACUAGUAGCAUGAAUUUGUUUAACACCGUAACGCUAGUAGAAGAGAGCUUCCAAUCUAACUCCUAUUCGACUGAUGGCACUGGAAACCGGUUGCAAGCUGCAAGAACUACGCCCGAUGCUAAUCACAGACUGGCGAAAAGAGAGAAACGUUUUAAUGAAAAUCUAGAAAAUGAAAUAAAUAAAACACAUUUCGAUGAUGAUGAUGAAAUUUUCAAUAGCAGCACCACUGGCAAUCAGGACGAGGAAAGCAUUAGAACUAUCAAACCUGGUAGCAGCAGCAGCAGUAGUAGUAGCAUUAGUUCGAAUGCCGGCACUAGUGCCAACAGUGAAAGGAAUAAUUAUCGUAGCACGGCCAGAGAGGCACCGAUUGCAGCGAAAUUGAGAUCCAAUAAUAUUCGGUACAAUCGGUACCAUUCGAUGGAAACGGCUGCUGGUGCCACUGGAGGAGGGGGUCCGAGGAAUACAGGUGCUGCCGGUUAUAAUUCCGGAAUCGGUCUACAUUCGUUUAGCCAUUAUAUGGAGAGCGUAGAGGUUCCUACAACGAUGGAGCUUGAGUGUGUAGCUGGAUACGACGGAGGAUUACCGCAGCAUUUUUUUCUUGAAGCCUAUGACUCGAGAACCCGCAAACUUCGACUCAACAUCACAAGUGCACUUAACGACGUACCAUUGUUUCGUAUUGAUCUUUCUGAGUUGAUCCCCAGCGAAUCCUACACACCAACCCUUCACCUGAUCGCUUAUAGUGUAAAUCAGAAAGGACGGUCGGAGCCAACGAUUCUCGAGGACAUAGCGAUUAAUGAAGCUGAAAAAAGGACAGACGGAAGCGAUGGCUUUUCAAUUCUCCCACUUGCGGCUUUACUUACCGGUGCCCUGUUCACCAUUGGCAUAGCUGUCCUGCUGGUCGUGGUCUUGGCCAUACGGAGGAAACGUGACGGCCACGGUACCGGCUUGUGCGAUGGCAAGGAGAAGCAUAUGGCAGGCAUGGAUAUCACUGUAACCACACCACUGGAGAUGGGAAUGGGCCAGCAGAAGUAUGUGGUCGCCUACACGCUCAAACAGGGCGUCGAAAAGCAACCGGACAUAUUGAACGCACAGAAAACUCAAGGCUCUGCCAGUAUACAAUCGAUAAAGGAUAUCCAGAAGAUGGGCUCCCCGGUGGGAAUAAGACCGGAUGCAUUGUGCAGCACUGGGACGACAGCAGGGGGUGGCAGCAUCGGAGCAAAACAAAGCACAAUCUAUGCCACACAAACCUAUGACCAAAAAUCGACACCUUCCAGUCGACAAAGCACGUUAAAACGAAACGAUACUUCCAACACGUACAGUUUGUUACAGCAGCAGCAACAACCGCAUCAUCUCCAGAGUAAACCUCCUCCAGCUACCACCACUGGCUUACCACAGUAUUCUGCUAGCUACGCAUCUGCCGAAAGUGGACUGUUAGAUUACGACAAACCGUACGGCUAUUCAACACUUCAGUAUAAUCACAAUCCUCCUGCUUUGGUGGAUCCAUACAGCUACAAAAGCUCAUCGACGGAUCCGGCUGAUCCGUUGGACUACGACAAAAAUCUCGACUAUAGACUGCUUAACAUAUCCAACGAGAUUAAAAAUAGUUCCACCACCAAUCAUAUCGAGUAUAGGAACAAUAUCCACAAUAGUAGUAACAAUCUACAGACAGGUAUCAGCAGUAGUACUGCAAGUAGUAAUAGACCACAGGCGGGAAGCACAGGUGGAAGUAAUCCAGAGUACCGGUAUUCCGGCUCCGAGUUCGCAUCAGAUUUGAUGGAUUUUAGCAACGUUCCAUCACCGUCUUCCUCUACUAAUAUCGGUGCGACGUUGUCGAAAAAUCGAAACCGGCAGCACAUCAUCACCGAUUCACUUCCGGGACCGGAAAGCUGCGUGUAGAGUUGUAGUGGAUCAUCAUUCUUGUAUAGUAGAGUCACGGUGUAUUACGAACGGGAUAGAACACUGUCCGACAGCUUUUUGAGAUUGUCACAUCCGCAUUACCCCGUUGUUAAUUACUAGCUAAAUUUGAGGGAGUGUACGAGUGUUGUUGUGUUACGUUUAUUCGAGAUUAUAUAUUAAUUGGUUCCCGCCGAUCAUAUAGGAAAACGUUCUUAUUUUAUUUAAGAUCAGCAUCAAACGCACGAAAAAUAGAAACGCUGUCUGUAUACAAAAGAAAGAAAAAACAAAUAAUCUUCCCACAGAUGAUGAUAAUUUAAGCAUGUAAUCAGAUUUAUUUUCUUGUUGUGAACACAACUGUACAUAUAAAUAGGGAUUUAUCAACCUGAGUACGAUGGUGUUUCCUUGUUGCAUUUCAUAAGAUGCCAACUUUUGCAAUGAUUCCACUUAAUUGGUGGUCAAUUGUCGUGGAAAGGCAUCCUAAUGUGUUACCUUGUAACGGAAAUACAAUAAGAAAACACGCGCGGCCCAGAAAGUGAUCAUACAUGGAAAGCGCCAAAUGUCUUCCAAACACGUAAAGUAGGAAAUUGAUAUCAAACAAUGUAAUCUCAAUCUAGAUUUUCAGAGCAUCACGAUGGAUGUACAGUUAAGAGUGAAACUUUUUUCACCAGAGCUAAUACUUUAUUAGGCUAAUUUUAUUGAUUCCAAAAACGCGUGUUCCUUAUGUUCUGGUAAAAAGAGCCAACAACGAGAUCAGUAAAAGUAACACCCAUUUGAUAUUUUGAACGUAGCAAUAAAUUCAACGACAACUCGUAAACCAUAAUCACGGUUCAAAUUUUAAUUUCGAUUUUUUAGGGAGCAUCAUGCCAAAAACGACAUUUUUUUAUUACCGGACGUAACAAGUUGGACGAGAAAUGCAUUUGUAGCAAACUGAAAGUUGAACUAUGGAAUUGUUCACCAAUUAUGUGAUCUCUCCUCACGCUAAUAAUUUUAGCAGACUCAGCGUCAGAGGUGUGGUCAAAGUAAGAAGAUGA